CAAUAUCAAGGCACUUCAAUUUUCCAUUUAUUUUGUUCAUAGUUGACAUUUGCGCGACUACUAUUUCAAAUGGAACAUUUAAUACUUUUUAUUUAUACUGGAUUGCUUUUUAUAGGUUUAAGUAGUCAACAAGAAAAUAAACUAAUAAAAUUUGCACCUGCCCGAGUGGUAGACGUAAAAAAUGGUAUAAAUAAUUCUUACUUUGCUGCUGUUAAGGACAGUUGUUCACCCACUGGAUGGGCAGUUGAAGUGAAACAGAAUUUCAAUCGUUACAAAAUUGAUACGAAGUUUCUCGUGUAUAUGUUUGAUAAUAGUAAAACAACAGGAGAUAAAUAUGGUAAAGUUCAUACGUUCUUCGGUACCUUCCUGUGUGAUUUGCUUAUCUCCGACUCAAGAUUCGAUCAAUUUCCACAACAGAACAAUUUGCCUAGAGAUGUAAUAAAUCUGAUAUUUCCAGGACGCCAAGGAAGCUGUAAUUUGACGGAAGGUACAAAGUCAAUAAUGCCCUCGGCAAAUGUGAACAUAGCUGAAUACAACAAUCCAAAAAUUAAAUUUCCAAACUCUAGCUAUUUUGAAUUGUACGUGAAUAUUUUGUCACAAGAUUUACGAGACGAUUUAGAAAAUAAUUACUUUUUUCAAGUAAAACUAAUUGUCGGUAACCCUCCUGGUACUGGAUACAAUUGUUUCAAUCGUCAGUGGAACUAUUUUAUUGUUUGGCGUAUUUGUACUAUCGCUGAAUUUAUUGAAUCUAUUAUCUUUGGGGCUGGGAAACGAAUUUUACAUUUAUUUUAAGUCUACAAAAUAACACAAUACUUAGGAAAUAAAUAAAAAUUAAACUUAGAAAUGGAAGCCAUAGAAUUUCAAAGGUUGUAAAGAAGAGUAGCAGAAGUUUACACUAUUUGAUUAAUUUAAAAAUGUUCAAUUGCAUUGUUAUUCUUUCUAUCAUUUUUUUAAAUAGUUUUCUUUUUUAUAUUCUAGAAAAAACUUAUCGUAUUAUAAUUUACAAGAAAAUUUAUAAUAUAUUAUAUGUAAUUAUAUAAAAAUCAAAUAGAAUAUCUUUACAUGUAUUAAGAAAAAACGCUUACCAAUAUCUGCUUGACAAAUUAUUUUAAUAAAUAUUAUU